AUCGUUGCAGAAAAAAAAAAUAGAUAGAAAUCGGUAAAGAAACAAAAAGAAGCAACUUGUAUCUGUUCCACAAAAUACCUUAUCUGCUAUAAUAGAAGUCCAUUAGUAACAAUUACUUUUACGUUUCGUACUAACCUUUCUUUACACUAUGACUCUGACUGCGUAUCUUGGACUGCUAUCACUUGGAAGCAUUAUACAAACACGUCAUAGUGCCGAAUGUCAACAAGAAGAACAGCAGGAACUUGAAGAUCUUCGAGAUAUGGCACAAUAUAUAUCAGCAGCAGAAAUAGAUACAGUGGCCACUGUCAGUAUACCUAACGCACCUUCAGAACGAAAAGUAGAGAUGCGAGAAAACAUCACAGGAGUAAUGCUUGCGAUUAGCACUAUGGUAGCCAACUACUCUUUGUGCUUCCCGGUUGUUGCAGCAAGGCAUCGUCUUCAGGCUUUGCCUACGCGAUAUAGCUACUAUCGAGAUACACCUUUGUUUGGUGCAAAGAUGAUCAUAUACACGUACAAGAAUGGUGGUAUACGCAGACUAUACCCAGGAUUUGGACUGGGACUAAUAGGACAAACAUUGAGUGCAAGCUACGAGUCAGGACUGAAUCAUGUCAUAGCUUUUAUGAUGCCUCCAACAAGCAAGGCAAGUAAACCCAUGAGCGUGAUGGCUACAUUGAUCUCAAAAGCCCUCGCUAUGGCUAUUCAUGUACCUCUUUACCCUCUGUAUCGAAAUGCUUUGAUUCUACGAGUUCAGUCUGAUUCAGACUUGACGAACAUUGUGAUACGCAAUUCUCAAGAUUUUAUGCGUUUUUAUAAGCGAGACCUUGAAGCUUUUUGGCCCUCGCAUCCAAAUAACCGACAUGUCUUAUCAGCACUUAUACCCUCUUGUAUCCUCAAUGCGAUGACGGAAAAACUACUUAUCUACAUUUAUCGACGUAUCUUUCAGUAUUUUUCCUUCAAUGAUGAUUCAAGCACCAAUGUAUCAAAGAAAAAGAAAGACGCUACCGUACUGCAUACUUUUUAUCCUGAAAUUGCAUGUGGCGUCAUUAGCAGCAUUAUCACUCGAGCAUUGAGCUAUCCAAUUGAUACCAUCAUUUUCAAGCUGAUGGUACAGCACAGUGGCGUACUCAAAUCAGAUACAACAUACCAUGGUUUCUUUGACUGUGUCAAAAGAACAUGGCUUGAAGAAGGUGGCUGGAAAGCAUUUUAUCCCGGAUGGGGGAUUGGCAUUUUGGAAAUGGGUGUAGGUUAUUUGAUUCUUGAGGCUUCAUGGUGGGCUUAUUGUGCAACACAGUGGAAACUGACGACACUUGGGUCGAGCGAUACACGUGCAGUCAGGAAAGCAAAAAAGUUACGAGAACGUUUGAGCAAUUGAAGGGAAUGGCUAUAUCUAAGCAUACAAAUAAAGUGUUGCUUUCUCUCGUAUUUUUCUUGAUAGGUUAAAAACUACAGUGUCUCCACUCCUAAUUGUUUGUAGUGCAUAAAACAAUUUUUGUUGCCUCCGCAUCGGCUCCAAAUGUGGUAAAUGCUCUCAGAGUCAGGCUUUAUUUUCAGAAAUAAUAUAAAUAACUCCCUUUUCCCUUAUAUCUUUCAAAGUCGUGCACCAUGGAUUAAAUUAUGAGUGAUAUCAACCAAA